UCAGAAGCUCCUCUUGAACCUCGGGACUGAGAGUAGCGGAGAAGUGCAAAGUCUGAGGAACAAGUUACUGUGCAUCUUUUUCGUUAUAUCAUAUCUUGUAGUGCGUCUAAAAGAUUUGACUAAAUCGAGAUGCUGCUGAUCAUCGAAGCUCUUCUUCUCAUUUCAGCCGCUCUAGAACAGGGUCACAGAGCUGCUGCUGAAGGACUGAUCUAUCCAUUCAACAUGGCACUGAACUCAGUUGAUGACCAGUAUGAUGGAUGUACAGAAGAAAUGGCUCACCUGGUGAUGACAGAAUACCUAGAGAAGGAACUCAACAACUCAGUUGCAUUUAAAACAGCUUGGCAAGAAGCUGAAAACAACACCUCGGCCGCCAAAGAAGACUUGACAGAGAACCAUUUAAUUGCUAUUUACGUGUACACUGAUAAAGAAGUAUACCGUGAGUUCAAUAACGCUGUCCGCAGAGAGAAAGACAAAUACAAAAACAUGACAUACCCAUGGUAUUCCCUUCAUUUUCUGUUAACUGAGGCGAUACAGCUUCUGAAGAAAACACAGCAAGGCUGUAAGUCGACUUAUCGUGGGACAGAUGUUGAGUUUGAUACAGAUGUUCUGAACGCAGAGGUCCGUUUCGGCUCUUUUACAUCCUCGUCUCUCAAUCGUACAGUAGCUGAAGGUUUCGGAGAUGUGUUUUGUUUUGAAAUCUACACUUGUGAAGGUGCCGAGGUGGCAAGUUAUUCGAAGUUUCCUGACGAGGACGAGGUGCUGAUUCCUCCGUACGAGACGUUUAAAGUCGCUGCUGUCAGGAACAGGACAGAUCAGAAGGAUCUCUGGUGCCAAACUGUGUUCACGCUGGAAAGCUCGGGGAAAAGCAGCGACCUGAACUGUAGGCUGUUCAACAAUGGAAACCACGUCACUGGUUUUAGUGUUUUACUAAUUUUAACAUUACUUUGCAAAAUGUUUACCUGCUGACUUGCAGAUACUGUAUGUUUCCUGUUGAUGAACUUUGAAUUGCUUGUCAGAUUUAACUUGGGGACAGUUGAUACAACUUUUCAUAACAUGAACUGAAUUUGGUUUUCUGAAUUUGAGUUAAAGACACCUGAAUACUUUUCUUUUUAUAUAUAGAUUUUACACCUCUGUUCUUGUUUCAUGUGCACAUUGAGAAUAUUUUCUAUUUAUCCAGAAAGAAGGGAAGUGAAUUGUCAUACUACGACAAUAAAUUUCCUUAUUAAAUUAAGUAGGCCAGUUUAAAACAAACUCAUUUAGGCACUUGACAAUAAACACAAAACACAAGAAAGUGCAUGCUCUUAUAAAGGCCAAAUGGACAGACAGAUAAGAAUAAAUAAAUAAAAUCAUGUCGCCUAAUUUGAAUUCUGAACAUUCAUAUAGUAAAAAAGAAAGUCUGAAGGCCAGUUUCUGUACUUACAAAUAUUACCUUGAUUAUGAAAACAUAUUUUCCACCAUCUUUGGACAGAAAAACAAAACAUAAACAGAGUAAAUGGUCACAAUGCUGUGAACCUGUUGUUUAUUGACACUGAUUUGAAAAUAACUGUUUUUAUUAGUUGUACUUGUAUAUUCGUUUAAAUUAAAAUUCAAAAUGUUCCUAACAAGCAUUUAUUAAUAAAUACUUUAAUUAAAUGAUUAACUUAACCACAAAAGAUGACAAGGUACCAUAAAUACAGUACAUAACAAAAAUAUUUUGUGACCGUUUUUAAAACCACAAUUCAACACAGUUUAAUACUUUAUGGUGCUUUAUGAACUUUAUCACACAUCAAAAUGACUGAAACUGAAAAAAGUCGAAUGUUAAUAAAUGAAACCAAAUGUAAAAUAUUAAUGAAAGCACUAAAAAUGAUCUCAGUGAUGCAAGACUGUAAAUGUGCUUCACUAUGGUAGAGUCUGCUAUACUGCAAUCAGGAUUUUUACCGACUACCGUAUUUUUCAGACUAUAAGUCGCACCUGAGUAUAAGUCGCAUCAGUCCAAAAAUACGUCAUGAUAAGGGAAAAAAAACAUAUAUAAGUCAC